AUGGGGGCUGCUACAUUCAUCCUUUUCCUCUGUGCCCUGGCCGCCAACGCUGUCUGCAAGACCAACUUUACACAACCGCCGGCCAAUGGACCCAACGCCAACUACCAAGACAACCCGGUGUACCAGCAAGGCCAGAAGAUAGACGUCCAGUGGAAGUCGGACCUUGACACCAUGGACCUCUUUGUUUUCCAGCAGUACCCAGCUGCCGGGAAGGGAGUUCAGUUUCUCAAGAAACUCCGCGGUAGGUCGCGAUGCCACAAACCUGCCCCCUUUCCACUUUCCACCCGUCCGUCCUCGCGCACUAACCGCACCCCAUGGCGGCAUAUAGAAGGCACCAGGUCGACGAGUCUCAUCUGGACCGUCAGCCUCGACGGGCUGAGCAGGAAUGUGCCCAGGGGAGAAAACGCCAUACUCUACUUUGCGGUGCUGCGCGCCAGGAGCCCAGACAGGGACGGCACGAGCCACUACUUCAACGUGAGCGUGCCCGACGCGGCCUCGACGACUGCACCCGCGACCCAGACAUCCGACGUGCCCACAAUGUCCACGACGACGUCGGCCGCGACGGACGUGCCGGCGAGUUCUGGAGAGAGCAGCCCGGGCCUGUCCAGGGGGGGUGUGGCCGGCGUGGCGGUCGGCAGCACAGUCGGCGGCCUCUUGCUCCUCGGCGGGAUGGGACUGCUGGCAUGGAGGAAGAUGCGGAGAGGCAGGCCGGCCGAGGACGCUGCAGUCUCGGACGCGAAGCCCCCGGAGCUGGCGGGCCCUGCUAUCCACGAAGCGCCUGCUGAGCAUCGCCCCCGUAGCACGCCUGUGUACGAGGUCCCGUAG